CCCGCCCUGCCGCGGGGAGGCCGCUGCGCCUGCGCACUGCAGCCGCCGCCGAGGGCAAGGGGCUGAAACCGGGACGGGCGGCGGCGGCGGGUGCCGCCAUGAGCUUUCUCAUCGACUCCAGCAUCAUGGUCACCUCGCAGGUGCUGUUCUUUGGAUUUGGGUGGCUGUUCUUCAUGCGUAAACUCUUCAAGGAUUAUGAGGUGCGACAGUAUGUGGUCCAGGUGAUCUUCUCUGUGACUUUUGCCUUCUCUUGUACCAUGUUUGAGCUUAUCAUCUUUGAGAUUUUGGGAGUGCUGAACAGCAGCUCUCGAUACUUUCACUGGAAGCUGAACCUGUGUGUCAUUUUGCUCAUCCUAGUCUUCAUGGUGCCCUUCUAUAUUGGUUACUUUGUUGUGAGCAAUAUCAGAUUGUUGCACAGACAGAAACUGCUUUUUGCGUGUGUUCUAUGGUUGACAUUCAUGUAUUUCUUUUGGAAGUUGGGGGAUCCGUUUCCUAUCCUCAGUCCAAAACAUGGAAUCCUGUCUAUAGAACAGCUCAUCAGCCGCGUGGGUGUGAUUGGGGUGACACUCAUGGCUUUGCUGUCAGGAUUUGGGGCUGUCAACUGUCCAUACACUUAUAUGUCCUACUUUCUCAGGAAUGUGACAGAUGCCGAUAUUCUGGCUUUGGAGCGACGACUCCUUCAGACUAUGGACAUGAUUGUUAGCAAGAAAAAAAGGAUAGCAGUGGCUCACAGGACAAUGUUCCAGAGAGGAGAAGUGCAUAACAAACCCACUGGCUUCUGGGGAAUGAUAAAAAGCGUUACAGCAUCUGUUUCAGGCAGUGAAAGUUUGCCAGAUCUGUCCCUUAUCCAGCAAGAAGUGGAUGCCCUAGAAGAGCUUAGUCGGCAGCUUUUUCUGGAAACUGCUGACUUGCAUGCAACAAAGGAGAGAAUAGAGUACUCCAAAACUUUCCAGGGAAAAUACUUCAAUUUUUUGGGUUAUUUUUUCUCCAUCUAUUGUGUCUGGAAAAUCUUCAUGGCAACCAUCAAUAUUGUAUUUGACCGUGUGGGGAAGACUGAUCCAGUCACAAGAGGAAUUGAGAUCACUGUAAAUUAUCUGGGAAUCCAAUUUGACGUGAAAUUCUGGUCUCAGCACAUUUCCUUUAUUCUCGUUGGAAUAAUCAUUGUUACUUCUAUCAGAGGAUUGUUAAUCACACUUACAAAGUUCUUCUAUGCCAUUUCCAGCAGCAAAUCCUCCAAUGUUAUUGUUCUGCUUUUAGCACAGAUAAUGGGUAUGUACUUUGUGUCAUCAGUGCUCCUGAUCCGGAUGAGUAUGCCUCUGGAGUAUCGCACUAUUAUUACUGAAGUCCUGGGAGAGCUCCAGUUCAACUUUUAUCAUCGUUGGUUUGAUGUGAUAUUCCUAGUUAGUGCACUGUCCAGUAUCCUGUUUCUCUAUCUAGCACACAAACAAGCUCCAGAAAAGCACAUGGCCCUCUAAGAAAGGACUGCAGUCACACACUGCUUUCUGUUCUUUGAACUGCACUACUGCAACUUCUGUGGACUGCAAAACUUGGAGGGAGCCAGGGCUAUGCUGUGUAUUCCAGCAGUGCUCUUUGAACUUCCACGUCAUCAUCAAGUUCUGUGGCUCAUUUUAUGAAGAUGCCACAACUUGAAGGGAAGGGAAUGCACAUACUGAAUGUGAGAUUGUUCAUUGCCAAGGAAUAAGGGCACACCAGUAACACUGGGUACACUAGUAACUAGGGGCAUCAGAACUUGCAUAGCAGAUUGGCUAAGGUAAGGCCUCUUACAGUCGGAAGAGCGUUUUCAUAGAAGGCACCAAGGAAAUGUGAUUUUAUUUUUGAAAAUCAACUUAUAAUUGGGGUUCAGAGGAUGGUAAUUCUGGAGUUUAAUGUUUGGAUCUGUGGAAUUAAAUAAGCUUUUGUAA